AUGAGUAGGAAGAACCAGACUGUGGUCACAGAAUUCCUUCUCCUUGGUUUUGGGAGUCUCAGUGGGUUCAGAAUAAUUUUGUUUGUACUAUGUUUGUUGGUCUAUGUAAUGACUUUGCUAGGGAACAUAACAAUAAUUAUACUCAUAUUCACCAGCCAACUCUUACACUCACCGAUGUACUUCUUUCUUUGUCAUCUGUCCUUUUCGGAUAUGAUGCUCACUACAGACAUUGUGCCAAAUCUAUUGCACAUCAUCUUGGAGGAAGGGCGUACAAUUCCAUUUCUUGAAUGCAUAACCCAAUUCCAACUCUUUGGAGCCUCCACUGGAACUGAAUGUCUAUUGCUCACCGUCAUGUCUUACGACCGAUACCUAGCUAUCUGUGAUCCACUGUCUUACCUGCCAGUGAUGGGUACAAAGUUGAAACACCACCUGGUCGCUUGGUCCUGGGUUCUAAGUUUUGCUAUCACUUUAACUAUAGCACUGUUCAUGUCCAACCUGAAUUUCUGUGGACCAAACAUCAUCGAUCAUUUCUUCUGUGACUAUGUACCCAUCCUCCGUCUUUCCUGCUCUGAUACUCGCUUGUUACAGAUUGUGGACCUUGUCCUAACAGCUCCAGUGACCCUUUUACCAUUUGUCUUGAUUAUCAUCAGUUACAUUUGUAUUUCUAUUGUAAUAGUUAAGAUCCCCACUGAAACUGGAAGGCAGAAGGCAUUUUCAACCUGCAGUUCCCACCUGACUGUGGUCUGUAUAUUUUACCUGUCUCUCAUCUCUAUAUAUCUAAUUCCAUCGUCCGGGAACUCUGUUAUUGCCCUUAAAAUUCUCUCCCUAAUGUACACAGUCAUCACCCCAUCUUUAAAUCCCUUAAUAUACUCAUUACGGAACCAGGAGAUAAAAACAACCUUUAUGAAAAUGUUCUGCUUCAGGUAUAAAAUAUAG